GCUUCUGCUACUUUUCUCUCAGGUCCCCGCCUGCUUCCCCCCUCUCUUUCUCUCUCUCUCUCUCUCUCUUCCAAAACUUGAGAGUAAAGAAAGAAAGAAAAAUAACAGUCAAUCACAACCCCACAAACUCCUAGUCCCAGUUAGGUCCCCAGACUUUAAAAAGCCUUUUCUCUCUCUUCUUUCUCUGCUUUCUCUCUCUAACAGGAAAGAGGAGGAGGAAGUGUGGUGGAAGAGAGUGGUGGUGGUGGGGUGGGGAUGGCCUGGUUGAUCAUCAUCAUUCAUCAGCAAAGAAAGAAGAAAAAAGCAACAAAGAAAGAUCACCUUUGAAUUUCAAUUUCAAUUUCAAUUUCAACCAACCCACAAACAAACCCCACCCAAAAAAAAAAAAAAAAAUAUUCCUGACAAAAUACAUACCCAUUAAAAAGCCCCACACAUGGAACUUACAGAUAUGCAAGGCAAUAAACACAGCACCACCACCACACCCACCACUUCUCAAUCCCACCACCACCUCCACCAUCACCUUCACUCUGGUUUUGAUGGCCGAUCUCAUCAUCAACCUCCAUUCAUUGGCUCCAUCUCCAUCCAAGCUGGCCUCACAAGCACCGCCGGCGGCGGAGGUGGAGGAAGUGGAUCUUCCUCUGUUUCACCAUCUACCUCCUCUACUAACACUUCAACCACCUCCACCACCACCACACAACUUCCGCCGCUGCAGCUCGUCGACGCCUCGCUAGCCAUCGCCACCAGAUCCGAGGGUCUGGCCGCCGUAGAUCCCUCCAAAAAAGCCAAUAACCAGCUGCAAUCGCCACCGCAGCAACUAACAAUCGCCACCGUGCCUCCCAAGAGGUCCACCAAGGACCGCCACACCAAAGUCGACGGAAGAGGGCGGCGCAUCCGAAUGCCGGCGACCUGCGCGGCUAGGGUUUUUCAAUUGACGAAAGAAUUGGGGAAUAAAUCUGAUGGGGAGACAAUUGAGUGGCUGUUACAGCAGGCGGAGCCGGCGAUUAUCGCCGCCACGGGCACCGGCACAAUUCCGGCGAACUUCUCGACCCUCAACGUGUCGCUACGGAGCAGCGGAUCGACGAUUUCAGCGCCGCCGUCGAAGUCAGCGCCUCACUCGUUUCACGGCGCCUUAGCCCUAGCCCACCACCACUACGAAGAAGGGUUCUCUCACAUGUUAGGGUUUCACCACCACCAGCAACAACAACAACAACAGCAGCAGCCUCAUCUUUUGACCGCCGAUCAAAUUGCCGAAGCCAUGCCUGGCGGUGGCGGCGAUGGAAGUAAUUCGGCGGAGAAUUAUUUGAGAAAGAGAUAUAGAGAAGAUUUGUUCAAAGAAGAAUCGCAGCAGCAACCUCAAGGGGAAGUAUCGGAGUCUACUUCGCCUUCGAACAAGCAAUUCAAAGGCGGUAAUAUGCAAUUGCCGAAGCAACAACAAGAAGCCGGACCAUCAUCCAGUAUGCUUCGGCAUACUAACAUGAUGCCCGCCACUGCCAUGUGGGCAGUGGCUCCGGCUCCCAGCAGUGCAGCCGGCAGCACAUUCUGGAUGCUGCCCGUCACUGCUGGUGGUGCAGGUGGCAGUGCCCAAUCUCUGGCCGCUGCCACCGGCACAUCUCCAUCUGAACCUCAGAUGUGGCCCUUUGCCACUGCGCCAACAACGAGUGGAAACACGCUGCAAGCACCGCUGCAUUUUAUGCCGAGGUUUAACAUCCCGGGGGCAUCACUUGAAUUUCAAGGGGGAAGAGCCAGUCCAUUGCAAUUGGGUUCCAUGUUAAUGCAACAACAACAACCACCACCUUCUCAACAUCUUGGGUUGGGAAUGGCUGAGACUAAUUUGGGCAUGUUGGCUGCUCUCAAUGCUUACUCGAGAGGUGGUUUGAAUAUGAAUUCUGAGCAAAAUAAUCCAUUGGAGCAUCACCAUCAUCAUCAACAUCAACAUCAACAACAACACCAGUCUCAAGCUACUGAUAGUGGAGAGGAUGACCCAAACAGUUCUCACUGACAAAUUUGAAAUUAAAGUUGAUUUUGAAGUUGAAUUUGUGAUGAUGGGUUGAGUGGCUGAUCAACAUAGAAUAGAGGUAUCGAGUUCUCAUUUUAGUUUUGUUUUGUUUUGUUUUGUUUUUGUUUUUGUUUUCUGUUUUGGUUAUUUUUGUUAAGAUUGUUGUGGAGGAUUUGAGAUGUAAUUUGUUAGUUGGGUCUUGAAGUGAGGAAAGAGAGAGUGUGAUUUGUAUAGGAGGAUAUUGGUUUGUAUUUAGUAUUAUUAUAAUUUGCUUUGUUUGUAUGAUGAGAAAGUGGAAAAAGGAAAAUGAGAGAAAAUUCAAAUAAUUUCAGGGUUUACUUUGCAA